AUGGCUUCUCAAAUCGCAUCGUUCUUUACAUCAAACAGGUAUCAUGAUCCUCUAUCACAUGUUGAACUUCCCUUUAUCAACCAAUACGUGAAACCUCUAUACAACAAUGAAGUACUAGAUAAACAUAUCCAUGAACUGGUUAUUAUCAUCCUGGGCUAUCAUUCAAUUUAUGUGUCAUCCUCAAUAUUUGCGCCGUUAUUAUUCCCAAACGCGUUCAAGACCUUAUCUACUAAAAACAAGAUUGAUUUCCAUAUUCAUGUUGUUUCCAUGGUACAAGCCAUUUUGAUUCUAUUUGCAAUCAUACCAUUGUUCAAUGAUCCUAUUCUUUCAGAGGAUAGAGUGUUUGGAUAUACGCCCUAUGGUGGAUUGAUUGCAACUAUGGCUUUAGGUUAUUUUCUUUGGGACACUAUAGUUUCACUAGUUUAUGUUAGGUAUUUUGGUAUUGGAUUCCUACUUCAUGGAAUUGUUUCAUCUGCUGUUUUUUGGAUUGGUAUUCAACCUUAUAUCGUCCAUUAUGCUGCGAUUUUCAUCUUGUUUGAAAUUUCAACACCUUUCUUAAAUUUAAGAUGGUUUGGUAUAAGAUUUCCAAAAUUGUUUCCUGAUUGGUUUAAUCUAGUUAAUAAUGCUAUUUUGAUUUUGAUUUUCUUCUUUAUUAGAAUUUGUUAUGGAUGGUAUCAAGCAUUCCAGUUGGGUACUGAUUUUUAUAAUGCUUCAAAUGAUGAAAGGUUCAAUCUAUUAUACACUAUUGUCAUCAUGGGUGGUAAUUCAGUCUUGAAUGUUUUGAAUCUUUAUUGGUUUUAUAGAAUGGCUAAAGUUGCUUAUGCUGUGAUUGCCGAUAUGCUUUCUGGUGGGAAUGAACAUGAUGAUGCUAAAAAAGAUAUAUGA